AUGGGGUGUACAUACACUGGGAGUACAGACACUGGGAGUAGAGGCACUGGGAGAACAGACAUCUUGGAGUACAGACAUCUGGGAGAACAGACACUUGGAGUACAGACACAGUACAUACAAGUUGGGAGUACAGACACUGGGAGAACAGACUCUGGGAGAACAGACAUCUGGGAGUACAGACACUGGGAGUACAGACACUGGGAGUACAGACACAGGGAGUACAGACACUGGGAGAACAGACAUCUAGGAGUAGAAACACUGGGAGUACUGACACUGGGAGAACAGAUAUCCUGGAGUACAGACACUAAGAGUACAGACACUGGAGAACAGACAUCUGGGAGUACAGACACUGGGAGUACAGACACUGGGAGUACAGACACUGGGAGAACAGACAUCCGGGAAUACAGACAUCUUGGAGUACAGACAUUGGGGAGUACAUACACUGGGAUCAUUACAGACACUGGGAGUAGAGAAACUGGGAGUACAGACACUGGGAUCACAGACAUCUUGGAGUACAGACACUACGAAUACAGACACGGACAUCUGGGAGUACAGACAUCUUGUAAACAGACACUGGGAGAACAGACACUGGGAGUACAGACACUGGGUGUACUGACAUCUGGUGAACAGACGCUGGGAGAACAGACACUAGCAGAACAGACACUGGGAGUACAUACACUUGGAGUACAGACAGGGAAAGUAAAAACACUUGGAGAAGAGACACUAGGAACACUGGAUGCACACAUACUGGGAGUACAGACACUGGGAGUACAGACACUGAGAGUACAGACACUGGGAGUACAGACACUGGGAGUACAGACACUUGGAGUACAGACAUCUGGGAGUACACACACUGGGAGUACAGACACUGGGAGUACAGACACUGGGAGUACAGAGACUGGGAGUACAAAGAAACUUGGGAGAUCAGACACUGGGAGUACAGAUACUGAGAGUACAGACACUGGGAGUACAGACACUGGGAGUACAGACACUUGGAGAACAGACACUGGGAGUACAGAUACUGGGAGAACAGACACUGGGAGUACAGACACUGGGAGUACAGACACUGGGAGAACAGACACUGGGAGUACAGACACUGGGAGUACAGACACUGGGAGAACAGACACUGGGAGUACAGAUAAUGGGAGUACAGACACUGGGAGAACAGACACUGGGAGUACAGAUACUGAGAGUACAGACACUGGGAGAGAACAGACACUGGGAGUACAAACACUGGGAGAACAGACACUGGGAGUACAGAUACUGAGAGUACAGACACUGGGAGUACAGAAACUUGGAAGUACAGACACUGGGAGUACAGUCUCUAGGAGAACAGACACUGGGAGUACAGACACUGGGGGUACAAACACUGAGAGUACAGACACUGGGAGCACAGACACUGGGAUACAGACACUGGGAGUAGAGACACAGGGAGAACAGAUAUCUUGGAGUACAGACAUCUGGGAGAACAGACACUGUGAGUACAUACACAGGGAGUGCAGACACUGGGAGUACAGACACUGGGAGUACAGACGCUGGGAGUACAGACACUUGGAGUACAGACACUGGGGAGUACAGACACUGGGAGAACAGACACUGGGAAUACAGACACUUGGAGUAGAGACACUGGGACUACAGACACUGGGAGAACAGACAUCUGGGAGAACAGACACUGGGAAGACACUGGAAGAACAGACAUCUUGGAGUACAGACACUGGGAGUUCAGACACUGGGAGUACAGACACUGGGAGUACAGACACUGGGAGUAGAGACACUGGGAGAACAGACAUCUGGGAAUACAGACAUCUGGGAGUACAGACAACGGGGAGUACAUACACUGGGAUAACAGACACUGGGAGUAGAGACACUGGGAGUACAGACAAUGGGAGUACAGACUCUACGAGUACAGACACUGACGAGUACAGACACUGGGAGUACAUACACUGGGAGUACAGACACUGGGAGUACAGACACUUGGAGAACAGACAUCUGGGAGUACAGACACUGGGAGUUCAGACACUGGGAAUACAGACAUCUGAGAAUACAGACACUGGGGAGAACAGACACUGGGAGUACAGACACUUGAAGUACAGACACUUGGAGUACAGACAUCUGGGAGUACACACACUGGGAGUACAGACACUGGGAGUACAGACACUGGGAGUACAGACGCUGGAGUACAGACACUUGGAGUACAGACACUGGGAGUACAGACACUGGGAGAACAGACACUGGGAAUACAGACACUUGGAGUAG